GCAGAACACUGCAUAAUAAAUCUUAAAAUUAAAAAAAAAAACUUUCCAGUCUGUCAUCUGUCUGUCUGUCUGUCUGUCUACCUACCUAGCAUCUAUCUCUCUACCUAUGGAUUGUAGAAAAUGUAUCAGACACAAAUGCCCAUUUUCUACUUUGAUGAUAUUUGUCUUUCAGCCUAACCCCUUUUUCCAUUUCUGAAGCACCCAGGAAUACCAGACUGUGUAAACAGAAAGAACCUGGUGGUGAGCCCUCUCUUGCCUACACUCUCUCUUUAACCCAAUGCUUGGACAAGCUCUGGGGUGAAAGGUCCCAAGCAGGCCUGUUCUUAAAGGUGCUGCUUAGUUCCUCUUCAGUGGGAGCAUUUCUGGACCUGUGAGAUCUGAUUGCAUCUGCGAGGGGGAUCAUCUGCACUUUGCAUCGCAGAAACCCAAAGGAUGCAAUAGUAAGAGAAGCAGACCGUUGCUGGAGCUUGGAAGCAAUCCCAGCAUCUGUCACCAAAGUUCCCAGGUUCGGGUUCACUUCACUUUCCUGCGCACAGAAAGCUUGGUUUAUGCACCUGCAGCAGGUAUCUUAGCAACAGCUGUGAAGGGAAUGCGCCCCUGGAAACUCUCCUGGCUUUGUCUAGUGGGCUGAGGGCGGGGGUGGGGGGUGGAGAGGCUGUGAAUGUGGCCCCAGCACAAAGUCGGAAACUCACUGAAAAUAUCAUGAGUUUUUGUUGUUGUUGUAACUCACUGUGGGGGUCCUGAGCAUGAGAAACUUGCAGAUGAGAACUUGGUGUCGUAGUGUCAAAAGAGUGGACACACACGAUACUUAGAGGAGAGUAAAACAGAAUGUUCUCUCUAGCAUGUUUCGUACAAAGGCACGUGGAUUUUAAAGAGGAAGUCACUUCUAGCUAGUAGUAGUUUUGUUUCUGUUGUCUUCAUUAUUUUUCCUUAGAAAAGGCCUCAUGUAGCCAACCCUAAUCUUAAACUCACUAUGUAGCCAGAGAUGACCUUGAUCCUUCUGCCUCUGUUCCCGACUUGUGGGGAUUGUAGGCAGUAGAAGAUUAAUUUAUUUUAGUAUGUGUGAGGUGCCUCAAGAUGAACCUAAGGCCUACCCUAAGGAGAUGAACAUGCUAGGCAAGUGCCCUACCGCUGAGCUAUGUCCACUUGCGCUUUUGAAACUGAGUCUCAAGUAGCCCAAGCUGGCCUCAGAUUGACUAUGUAUCCAAGGGUGACCUUGAACUUCUGAUUCUCCACCCUCCAUGUCUCAAGUGCUAGGAUUAUAGGCCUGUGCCACCAGGCUCUGUAUGCCAUAUUAAGGGUGAACCCAGGGUCUUUUGCAUGCUAGGCAAGCCCUUUACAGAUUGAGUUCCAUCCCCAAUCUAUUUACCAUCAAUGGUUAUCUUUGGUGCACCAAACUCCAUACAACAAAUCGGUCAUUGGCUGGCUGAUACCCAGUCUGUAACUAUAGCAACAGACAUGGUUUAUCUACCCAUGUGCUGCAAAUGAUGCUGUACUUCCUACCACGGCUGCCCAACCGAUAUGGAAGUAUGCUUUUAAAAAUGUGAACUGCUGGAUAGCAUGUCUGACCUCUGCGACAGCUCGUCACUGAGGGACCGUGAUGCAAACCUUUGUCUUCUGUGGUUUCUACCAUCGCACAUGCCAUGUUAGCAGAGUCUGGGCCCAUCAUCCAGUCAGACUUAGACUGUUCUCUGUUCACUAGUUCCAAAUGAUUCAUAGCAGAUUUACCACCUACACUGUUUUUGACCUUCAAUUCAGGUGAUGUCUUCCCAGUGCAAAUGAGUCCCAUAGCCCAGUGUCGGUUCGUACCCUUGGCUGAAGUCCUUUGCUGCGUUAUAGCCGAUAUGAACGCCGCUCAGGUGGCUGUAACACAGGAAUCACUCUUGGAGCACUUGAAGAAACAUUACCCAGGUAUUGCGGUUCCUUCCCCAGACAUUCUCUACAGCACACUAGGGACUCUAAUUCAAGGGAGGAAGAUUUACCACACGGGAGAGGGCUACUUCAUAGUUACACCAAACACUUACUUCAUCACAAAUACACCCAUGCAGGAAAAUCAGAGAGCCCUCCUGCCAGAAGAAGGGUGCCCAAUGCCCACUUCUGUGACCUAUCUGGUGAGUGUGGAUUGCUGUGCGGAGCUGGCCCAGGAAAACGAGGCUCCUGUUUCCCACUGUCCAUCAUGUCAGUGUUUCCUUGAUACAAGCGUGCAGGACUCUAAGGACCCACUGACUGGGGCAGAAGUGUCUAGGAAAAACCAGGACGGUCUUGAGGAACCCACACCUUUGUCUAAGAACCAGGUAGCUGCAGCAUCUGAAGACGCCCACGUCUGCGUGAGCCCCAAACCGUUACCAGACACCAAAGACAAAGGCAAAAAAUUUGGUUUUGGUUUCUUGUGGCGAAGCUUAUCUAGACGAGAGAAGCCCAGAACAGAGUACUGCAGUUUCUCUGCACAGUUCCCACCCGAAGAGUGGCCUGUCCGGGAUGAAGAAAGCUCCAACAACAUCCCGCGAGAUGUGGAACAUGCGAUAAUCAGGAGCAUUAACCCUGUGCUGACCGUUGACAACUUAAUCAAACACACGGUCCUAAUGCAAAAAUAUGAAGAACAGAAGAAAUACAAUAGUCAGGGCACUUCCACGGAUGCGCUGACCACCAGGCGUCAGUAUUCUUCUAAAGAAGGAAUUCGGAAAAGGCAGGGCCGCUUUGCCAAGCCUCACCGGCGGCGGGGCUGUUCUCACAGGGGUAGACACCAAGCGUGGAGCCAGGGGAGUGAGCUGGAGCCAGGAAGCAUUGGACUGUCUGAAAAGCACCCCAAGGUCCCCGCAGCCCAGCCUGCUCCCAGAAUGAAAAGCCGCAGUGAAGAAAUGCAGCAGUUACGUGGUGGGGUGCCAGCUGUGCAAGGUCCCCACUUGAUUUACAAGAAGCAGAUCAGCAAUCCUUUCCAGGGCAUGUAUCUCAGAGGGCCCCCAGUAUCCAAAGGGCACAAUGUGCAGAAGAGCCAUGAUCUGAAACCCGGUCCCGUCGGGCCAGAAGAAAAGCCUUUCCAGAGGGCAAGGUCUUCACGUCCUUUGGGAGUCUUUGAUGGUGGAGGCCAGAAGCCAUAUUUGGAUCAAUGCCACGAUAAACUGGAAGCAGAAACCGUGCUUUCGAUGAAGGCUCCAGGCCAUCCUGUCAGGGACGUCAGAGGUGGCCCAGGAAAUUACCCUCCGGGUAAUGUUUUGCCAAGCCACCCUCGGGGCUGUUCUUUCAGGGAAAGUGUGUUGAGAGGUGAUGUGCAUAAUGAAAAAAACAAGAUCUUGAGGAAAAGUUAUUCCGACUGUGACAUGUUCUUGGGGACCAAAGAAAUGCAUCAGGUCUUGCCCUCACAAAGUCCCCCCUCUUUAGACCCAGUACCCUGUGUGUGUACAUCAGUGAAUAAGACGGUACACCAGUUCCAGAACCUGGGCCUCUUAGAUUGCCCAGUUGGAGCAAACCAUUUGAGGACACACGAAAGACAAGGUGAUUCCCAAGAUCUCUCUAGGAAGACAUUUGUCCCAGAGGCAGAGACUGAGAAUGUGGAAAAUGAGGGGCCCUCCGACAGUGAGCAGGGCGAGGCAGCCGUGACCCAGAGUGAGGCCGGGGUGGAUGACGGGGCCUGCAGUUCACUGUAUCUAGAGGAUGACGACUUCUCUGAGACUGAUCAUGACUCCUGUCACACACUGCCCGGACACACUCAGUAUUCCUUUGCAGGGGGAGGCAGGCCGAAGCAAUGGCAGGGAAGGCCAAUGGUGACUGGGAGACUUCUGACAGGAUGUAACAGCAAAACUGAUAGGUUUGAGCCCCUGGCGCUUGAAAGGAAACACGGGUACAAGGCCACUGGGUCGUCUGCAAAUUCAGGGGAAGGUCCAAACCCUGAUCUCACAGACAACCCUGGCCUAUAUUCAGGGACUAUAUUUGGUUUCCACUACGAAGGAGAGCCCACGGCUGCCUGCGUCCAGGCCUCAGCAGCAGCUGGGGGAAGUUCACUUGAAUUCUCUACUGCGAGGAAAACCAGUUGUGGGGCUGAGAUCCUGCGAGAUUCUCCUGGUGACGCAGGAAAGAAUUCAACUAGCUGGAGACGGAGCCUGGCAAAUCAGGAAAUGGAAAAACAUUUCGCAGACGAAUCACGACUUUUCGACCCCUCCCAUGUGCCGGCGUUGGCUCAGGAGUCCCAGCGACAGCAUAGUCGCCUGGAAAGGACAGAGAGCUACAGCGUGACAGGAGACAGCGGGAUCGAUUCCCCAAGGACACAGAGCCUGGCGUCUAAUAAUUCAGCUGUUUGGAAUGGAGUUAAAAGAAGACAGGCUUUUCUGCGGAACGGCGAGGACAUGAAGAAGGGCCACCAAACAUCCAGCUCUUUGCUCCAACUGACCCCAGUCAUAAACGUCUAACUUCGGGAUGAGGUUUUACAAUGUAGUUGACACUGGCCUGGAUCUCAACGGGUAAUCCCCCUGCCUUAGCCUCUGGAGUGCUGGGAUUACAGGCAUAAAUUACCAUGUCAGGAUAAAAAUUUUAACUGACUUUGGCGAACUCUUUAAAAAAUUGGAUCUGCAAGGAUCCUGUGAAGCUGAGCAUACAUGCUAUUAUUAACCCCACCAUACUGUGUUCUAAUUACUUUCUUCCUUUUUACCAUUUUUAAAGCAGUUUUCAGUGCCUUUUACUAGAAAUCUGUUGCAGUUUUCAAUAAAGGAAACAUGAAAUUGUUGGUCAUUUUCUAA